GUGCGUCGGGUGAGGCCUAGAUGGCGCGGUCGUGGAAUUCCGGGCGGUUUUGGAGACAGACGGUGAGUCGAGCCAGUGGUUACAGGCGGACAUGUUGAAGGUGUUUCCGUAAAUGUGGGUGAAUAAUCAGUGAAUUUUAUGCCUCUCGACGGAGUCUCGUAGCGGGCUCGAGCGAAAUCCCAGUGUCUCUCUAUGUGAAGUGUCGUGACAAUAGACCUCCAGGCUUUUAAGCCGCAAAGAUGAGCUGGGGCACCGAGUUAUGGGACCAGUACGAGAAUCUCUCGUUGCACACGCAAAAAGGUAUCGAAUUUCUGGAGCGAUAUGGACAUUUCAUACGUGAUAGAUGCACCAUCGAAGUUGAGUACGCCGCAAAACUAAGGAGACUUGUCAAGAGUUAUCAGCCGAAAAAAAAGGACGAGGAAGAUUACCAGUACAGUCCAUGCCGUGCCUUCAAACUAGAAUUGAACGAAGUGAACGAUCAAGCAGGACAGAGAGAACUAAUAGCAGAAAAUCUGCAGGCAAAUGUCCUCCGAGAGCUGAAUAUACUUGUAAAAGACUUCAAGGAAGAUCGAAAGAAACAUUUGCAGGAAGGAGCCAGAUUAAUGGCGUCUCUUGCUGGUCAAAUAGGAAAUUUAGAACGUGCUAGAAAAGCUUAUGAAAAAGCAUUUCGCGAAGCGGAGAGGGCGUUGGAUCAGUAUCAAAGGGCCGAUGCCGACCUUAAUCUUUCUAGGGCCGAGGUAGAGAAACAGAGAAUGAACAUGACUGUGAAAACGCAGCAGUGCGAAGAGGCGAAAACGGAGUAUGCAAAUCAAUUGCAAAAAACAAAUGACAUGCAAACGCUACAUUAUCAUACAGCGAUGCCCGAAGUUUUUCAACAUUUGCAGGAACUGGAUGAAAAAAGGGUGAAGAACAUGCGGAAUUAUAUGAUGAAAUCUGUCGCAAUCGAGAGAGCCGUCGCUCCAAUUAUUGAACAAUGCUUGGAUGGGAUAGAAAAAGCGGCGAACGAAAUUAAUGAGAAAGAAGAUACGCUGUUGGUCAUCGAACGUUACAAGAGCGGCUUUCAACCACCGGGGGAUUUUCCAUUUGAGGAUUUAUCAGCUGCUAAAUCGUACGAUAGUAACAGCCAGUUAUCUCAGCCAGUGAUGCAACCAAUCCAUAAUCACCUCACCGUUAAAGGAACAGUUUCCGGUGGGAAGAUUAAAAAACGUGUGGGUCUUUUCGGAAUAUUCAGCAGUAACAAGAAGUUGAUCGAGGUGUGCAUUGCUUUAAAGAACAACGUUCCUGGUUAUGGUGAUGGCGCAAAGGAGGAUUGCAGCGACCUGCCCCCAAAUCAACGGAAAAAGCGCCUUCAGCAACGAAUCGACGAAAUACAAGCAAAGAUCCAACAGGAAACUGCUGCGCGAGAUGGUCUUAUGAAAAUGAAAGGUGUCUACGAACAAAAUCCUGCUUUGGGUGAUCCUAUGAGUAUAGAGGGUCAACUCAACGAAUCCAGUCAUAAAUUAGACAAACUUGGGGCUGAGCUGACUAAGUUUCAAGGAUAUUUUGACGAAGCUAUGCGUGCAGGUCUUAACUUAUCGAGCCCAAGUCAAGUUUCUCGCAAGCCUACGAGCAAUGGUUCGGCGACCAGACCUCUCAGCUCUAGAAGGUCGAGCCAUUCUGGUGGAGAGGAAAGCCUCUCAAGAUCCGCGUCAGACUCAAGUGUUAGCAACGUUAAUACUAGUCAACCAGUGCACAAAAAGAGUGCUCCUGGAACACCUCAACCAAUCCAUGGUUCCACGAACAGCCCGGAGUCCGGCCUGGGAGCGUCGCGAACAUCUUUGCCUGGUAGCGGAGGCGAGGAAUACUACCUCGACGAGCUUGAAGCACAACCACCGCUAGGAACGUGUCGAGCUCUGUAUCCCUUUGACGCAACAAGCGAAGGAUCGAUACCCAUGUACGACGGAGAAGAGCUCUACAUGAUCGAACUGGAUCAAGGAGAUGGCUGGACGCGUGUGCGACGUAUUUCACAGCCCAUUGAAGGCUUCGUUCCCACAUCGUACAUAGAGUGCAAUCUCUACAACACAUAGCCGAAUUCAGGCGAAGUAGCAAGUAUCCAAUUACAGAGAUUGGUGGCUCUUGGAGGUGGGAGCGAAAACUUACGUCCACGUGAAAUCCCGAAUUUUGAGCAAUGCUGAAGAGAAAAGGAGACCGCGAGAAGACAAGAGAGAGCAAAAAAAAGAAAGAAAGAUGGAGUUGCUACAGGUGACUAUUCUAUUUAUGGUAGCUUGGCUGACGAAGAUAUAAACAUUUGUGCUACUUAAUAACGAACUUGGAAUUAUACUGUAGCAAAAAUCAAUUGUUCAAUCGAUCGGCGUAAAACCAUAAAGCUGCUUGCUUGACACGUAAUCAGGCUAAAUUGUUUGCCUUGGUGGUGGAUAGUUUUUUACAAGAUCGUACAACAGACACAGUUGCUUCGGGAAAGAGUAUAUAGUGAAAAAAGUGAACAAAUCCUGCAGUUCGCGCGUAGAGCUGGCAACGUUAGGGGAUAAAUUUUUAUGCUCAAACUGUACACAUAGUAUUCUCUAUAAGUAAACAGUGUUUAAUAAUAAGGAUACGGAAUAUAUUUUUUGGCAAAGAUUGCGUAGGCGUCGAAAAGUUUGGUGUAAACGGCCCGACCAUAUGAGAAAUACGAGAAGACUGAACUACUAAAGUACGUUAGGUGCGACAUCGAGUCGGUGUUAUGCUGGAUUUUCAAACUUUACGCCAGACAUGUGCAAUUUGCCAUUGGAAAUAUUAAAGUUAGAUUAUGGCGAAUUCAAUAUUAUUGCAUUCGGUACGAUUUCCCUGGUUGUACUUAUUCUACGCCAUACGAAUGUCGGCAAACCAGGAAAACCGCACUCAGUGUCUUGAAAACGAUGCAGCAAUUAGGUUUGCUAUUAAAUUCUUGUACAUAACGAGGGUACGGCGUGAAUAACGCUGAAGUAGAGGAAGUUUCCUUCGUGGGACGUCGCAGGUGUCAAGUGUAUAUACAUUAUAUUAAAUUGUACGAUUAAAAUGAAACUUCGUUAUAAAUAUAUAAUAUGAAAUAUAACCAACACGCAAAACUUGUUUCGAGAGAAAUGUUAUCUGUGCAAUGCUUCGAUUGAAUCCAUGAUUAUAUGCCCAGGUUUUUUUGAGACUCGUAAUUAAUGUUAUAAUAUUUAUUAUUAUUAUUGGUCGCAAAGCACAGAGGUUUGUGUGAUAUUCAAACUUCGAGCAAGGUUGAGAUUUUAUAUUAACGAAUCCCAACAGUAUUGCCAAUAUUGUUAUUU